GCCCAACGAGAUGCUGAGGCGGCUCGUGAUUUCAUCCUCAAGAUGUUUGUUGAGUUAAAUCCAGACCCCGAGAAGAUUAUAUACUCGCACUUCACCUGUGCAACAGACACCGAAAAUAUUAGGUUCGUGUUUGCCGCCGUCAAGGACACUAUUCUCCAACUGAAUUUGAAGGAGUACAACCUUGUCUAG